UCUGGUACGGUCCCUGUUGCUUUUUAGGAUGGAUCUUGACGGCUGGGUGCGGCACCGAGCGGAUGUCAUGGCCGCUUACGACACGGCGCCGGCGGCGGAGCUGCGACCACCCCCCAUCGUCAUGGGAGGCGCCUCGCCCCCUUUGCCGGGCCUCAGCCGGUUGUCAGCUAAGGUAUGCACGGUGCUCCUGUUCCUGUUCGUGGCGGCAUGGCCCUUCGCGCCGAUCCUGGUGCACUGGAAGCCGUGGGGGUCGCAGGCCACGCUGGCCUUCCUGCUGCUGCUGCUGACGCUCGCGUGGGUGCUGGUCGCCCGGUCCCACUCCAUCUUCGCCGCCCUGCUUUCGUCGUGGCUCACGCUGGCCCUCACGGGCCUGACGGCCUGGGAGUACACCACGGAGCAAGUGCGCCUUCACCAGUAGUGUUAGAACGAGGAACUCUUGUGCCGUUCACAUCGGUGUGUGUUUUGUGUGUAUUUUCUUGGUUGGCAUCGACCGCGGCUGGCCAAUGAAGAGGCGUUAGCGGGAUACAACCAAAACAUUUUUUCUAGUCGAAAGGGGUUGGGGGCACGCAGGAGUUGGACGACAGAGUUGUGCUUCUUCUGAAGUACGAGGAGAAGGCUCAAUACCAAAAGACAUCAGCAUUGUUGCUGCAUCAUCUCGCUCUCCCAUGCUAGCGUCAGUUUGUGUGUUGCGCGCGCAAGUCUUAAUUUUCCUGCCUUGCAGGGUGUGUCCUUCCUUCUUCUCCGUCCCCUGGCGCGUGAGGGUUUGUAGGAGAAGAAACCGCUGUUUUUUUUUGGUUGGGGAAUUGUUUUUCCGCGUGUUGUAGUAGAAGUGUGUGUUGGAUUCGGCACCUCAACAUCUGUGUAGGUUUUGUCACGCGUGUAGGCAUACGCGUGCGUGCACUCCCAUCAUGUCUCGUCUGUCAUCCCCUCGGAGAGUACACCCAAUUCGCAUCACGACAGGAGGGUGCUUUAUGUUCAGUCCUCCGGCGACUUUCUCGCGUGAAGCUGACAGUGCCGCGGGGGGCGGGAGUACAGGGACUCACUGGCAGCACGCGUAUUGUAGAACUUUACGGAAGGCUUUGCGUCGUCGUUGUUCUUCCGCUUUAUUAUUUCGGGCCCCCGCAAGGACGCGUUUGGGAUGGGUGUGUGUAUCAGUACGAUACCUCUGCCUGCGGUAGAAGGUUGAUAGAGGAGGGUUGUUUCUAGACGUUGUUACAUGUUGCUGGUGCCGUGGUGGGUUGAAAAAUUUAACGGUGCUGCUGCUGUUCAUUUAAUGACGCAUCGACAGC